AUGCUGUACGCCACCACCAUGGGCCAGUAUACAGGAUGCUCCAUCUUCGGAGGGCGCUACUGGGACAUCAAGCUGAGGAUACCGUACAAUUGUUGCGCAACUUCGCCGUCUGAGUCUCGAGGCGGUUUUUGCAUGCCCCAUCGGUGCAGCCGUUGGCAGGUUGCGAACGAGCUGGUGCCACAGUUCUGGAGACCGAUGAUCGCUUCGCAAUACAAAGAGCCUUGCAAAGUGUGCCGGCCGCUAAUCAAGGCGUCCGAGCUGUGGAGUUGGGAACACUUGUCGCUGGAUUUCGCUAUCGUUGGGUUGGACCGCUGCGGCACCUCCUCCCUCAAGCGCAAUCUUCAGCAGCACCCCGAGAUCGGCUUCUCCACCCCAGCAGACUCUGAGGACAGGUUCUUUUACACGCACGCGGUGAUGCCCCGGAGGGCCCUCGUGGAACACUUCAACGACAUGCAGCACGCCAAUGGCAAGGUGCGGCCAAAGCUACUGGGGCUGAAGGACCCCACUAUCCUCUUGAGCGUGCAGAAGAUGGAGGCGAUAACCCGGGUGCCAGGGCUGAAGGUGAUAGUCGCCGUCUGCGACUUGGUCAGUCGCCUGGACAAGCACGGCGGCGCGCAGAAGGGGCUGUUCUACGACAACCGCUGCGCCUACGUGGGCGACUACGGGGCGGACGGCCGCACCUGCAGGCCGAGCGCAGGCGAGGUCCUGCGGGACCCGGCCAUCUACCGGCGCUGGAGGGUGGGCAGGUCGCUGUUCCGGCUCAGCCAGGACGUACCUGACGAGAGAUUGCUGGUGGUGCGGCAGGAGGACGUCCGGGUCAGGCCCUGCGCGGUGUACGCGGGCAUCCCCGCCGCGGCGGUCGCCCGCUUCCUGGGCGCGGAGGCGCCGCACCCCUGGCGGCUGUCCCGCGCCAACUCCGUGCGCGGGCACCGGACGGACCUGUGCCGCAACGCCACGCUGCAGCGGGGCUUCCGCGCCCUGGUGGCGCGGGACGCCGUCCUGCAGGACACCUUCCUGCAGCAGCGCGGGCACGCGGCCGAGCGGGGACCGACCAGGUGUGAGCGGGCGGAGGAGCUCGACGAGGGGGCGCGGGCGGAGCCAUGGAGCCUGGUCGAUUGCCGCUCGCUGUCAGCUCGGCAUGGCGCGCGCGGGACUGCCGGGGCUCGAACGAAGACCGACACGGCGCAAGCCUGA